AUGACGAGCCCGGGUACCAAACGCCGCUCGGGUCGGGCUGUGUCUCCGACGACCUCACCACGGCCUGCUCUUGCAUCAUCGAACUUGAACACAUCGGCCUCGUCACUGUCCGAUCUCCAAAAUACCCCAGUCCUCCCGCCAUCAUUACGGCGCCUUAUCUAUCAGACGCCAGGCCGCAGGAGAACACGAUCUCGAUCGCGGACUUCUGGAAAAGACGCCACUCCUGAUCGGCAUUCCGUGGGGCAGAACACCGGCUCGUCGCAAAAGGUACGGUUCUCUUCGCUACCUUUAUCGAUCAAGCAGUCCCCCGAGCCUGAGGAAGUCACCACACCUAGACGGCGGCUCUUUGGCCAAACCCCGGCUAGAAAGACGGCUAGCGAGAGCCCCCCCGGGUCCCCGUUGGCUGGCAUUCCGCCCGGCCUGCUCUCAUUGCGGAAGAGCCAGCCAUCGGGCACGCUGAAGCGCGACAGCUCGGGGGAGACAAAGACCAACGAGAACCCCAACAGACUGCCGUCUCUUCCAAGCCUACCCAGCUCCCCGAGUAUUCCACCAUCUCCUUCGACGGCGAGAAAGCGGCCUACUCUUGCCAGGGAUGCAGUCAUUAAAGGCUCUGACGAUGAUGACGAUGAUGAUUCGUUCUCCGACGAUUCAUUUCCUGACCUUGACAUGCUGGGACCGACCAAACCGAGGCUAGAUGGGACGCCAAAAGCCAAGAGACGGGCUAGGAUGGUGCACAAAUCACCUCUUACCAUUCAGCCGAAGCACAAGUUCGAUUUCAAGACGCUGGACGCACACUCAAGGCGACAUGAUGUGCUUUUUGACAGUCCCAAGCGGCCAGCUGCUUCCGAAGUGGUGGAAGAUUUCGAUGCCAGCCCUAGCAAGGCGCGCCAGAAGUUGAUCGAAAUUGCUGGCGUCAAGAACGAUGAGGAUGCGGACAAAGCGAUGAAGGCAAUGGAACGGACAGAUGCCGGUGCAUCCAGAAAUAACUGGUAUUUCUUCAAAAAAGAUGUCAAUUUCCCAGGCAAGCGUGCUACUUUUCCGAAGAAGUACGCAAAGGGACCUUGGUCGUUCCUCGAAAAUGCGGAAACGCGAGACCAACACAUCAUGUCCGGGAUGCCUGCUAGUCUGGCAACUACCAUUGCACCUCCAGACGAGUUGUACCUCUGGGUUUUGGACAUGGUCAACGUCGAAGAAGUCGGCGUUAUCCAGGAGGAAUACCUUCGGUUUGCUGCGGCCAACAGGAAGCAGGUCAAGCGUCUCGUCACACCCCAGCGGAUCGAAGAGGUAUUGCGCAAGUUGGGUGCCGCAGAUCAUAUUGUUGACGAGGUACUCAAGCCGGUGCGAGAGAUUCGGGAUGUUUAUGCCAAUCGCGACUGGAAACAUCUCCAGUCGUUCCUUGUAUGGCUCUACUGGGUGGCAGCACAGCUCAGCCACGAAUCAGUGGUUCUCGCCGUGAAGAUGCUCUUGCGUAUGGCGGCUGACAGGGCAAUCCAUGAGAAUGCGGAUAUCCUCACAUGUCAUCGACAUGCCAUGGAAGGCUUGGUGAACUCGGUCGAAGACGGCUUUUGGGAUGAUUUUUGCGUCGAGAUCUGCUCGUCCCUUUACCAUGGAUUUGACAAGACCUCCUUGCGGAUGUUGCCGCUUGUCUGUCUCCCGGUCACCUCGCCAAAGCUCCAUGAGCUGCGGAGACGUCUGGCGGUUGCGUUUUUCCUUCGGGACGCAGCUCUGGCUAGCGAACACCCCGACGAUGCCAUCUCUUUACACCUCGUCAUUGCUCGGGUCAAGGAUAGUGACUUUCAGGUCAAUAACAGGACCGACUACACCGACCUCAAGGCUCUGGUGCAGCUUCUCGACAUGGCCGUGGACGACGGCUCCUUUGUGCAUAGCAAAGGCGGCCGAGAGCACGAGGCGAAGUUCAACGCAGAGAUUGACGAUCUUGCGAGGCGUCUCAAGGCCAUCUGGCGUGGCAUCAACGAUACUGGAGCCGCAAACCUAGCGCGGACAGAGGCCAAGAGCGUUCUCGAAUGGGUUGGGGAGCGUCUGAAUUACUCGGUCCGGACCAGACGCCCGCCUACACAGAGCAUCUUUGGAGACCAAGGACCAUCGUCGGCGAAAAAGAGGCGGCAGCAAGAGUUCAUGCACCAGUUCGUCCACUCAAGGAAAAACAAGCCAGCUGAGACGACGGUUGUCGGGGCCGAGUCUUUGCCAAGCGAGGACGACACAUGCAUCACGGCGCUCGGCUAG